GGCAAUUACAGAUAGGCAUUCGGAUGAGAGCAGUCCAUCGUCUGCUCCUCAGAGUCUUCGCGUUAACACGUUGUUCCUCCCCCAAAAUGAGUGAAAUAAACCGUCUGGACACAUGGAAUGAAAGGUGGGAGAAAGGCAGAACCGGCUGGCACAAGAGUGACGUUAAUUUUGCUCUAAAGAAUCACGGAAAGAUGCUUUUGCCGACUCCCGGACGCCGAGUGCUACUGCCCCUGUGUGGAAAGUCCCUCGAUCUAAAAUGGUGCUAUGAUGAAGGGCAUCAUGUUGUUGGCAUUGAAGGAGUUGAAAAGCCAGUUGCAGAUUUCUUCACUGAACACAAUAUUCCCUUCAGUGUAGACCAAUUAUCAUGGGCAAAAUUAUACAAGUCUGAUGAUAGUCGGCUUCAACUCUAUUGCUGCGACCUAUUCAACAUUGAUGUAGAGGCAAUAGGAAAGUUUGAUUCUGUGUUCGACAGAGGGUCAUUAGUUGCCAUCUAUGAAGAGGAUAGAGAAAGAUAUGCUGAACUAAUGAAAUCCAUACUCAGUAAUGACUUCCGUUACCUGGUCAAUCUGGUUCAGUAUACUCCUACUGAGACUUUUAAUGGACCACCAAGGAAUGUCCCAACUGCUCAUGUACAGAAGCUUUUUGGAGAUAGAAUCAGCAUUGAAGUUUUGGAGACCCUUGAUAGGACAGAAGAGGAUCCCAAAGUUAAAGGAAGUUGGGGUUUGGAUUCCAUGUUUGAAGUUGUGGCCUUGCUCACUCCCAAGCAAUAGGUUUUAGGCCUAUUUCCAAAUGUAUAAGUUUCUCUUAUGGUUUCCUAAGAUCAGUUCCCAGUCCAGUGAUUUGCAUUUUUAUUCAUUUAUGAUUUAUUUGUUAUCAAAAGAUAUAUAUUUUCUUGUAACAGAAUGAUUGAGAUGAAUAUCAUUCAAUAUAUGAAAUGUGUGAAGUUUUUAAUUAUUUAUCUUUAUAUUGUGAACUUAUUCAGACAUGCUGAAAGUGUACAUUAUGCAAAGAAUCAACCAUUUUAUCAAUAACAAUCAAGUUUUUAUCUUUUAGGAUAUAGUCUUCACCUUUCAUAGAAUAGUUCAAAUAAAUAACAAGUAAAAUGAAGGUUCAUUAUAUUGCAUAAUAAUUGUUUACCAAUUACUACAUAUCUAUCCUUGAAAAAAAAUAUAUUGGUUAGUGUUGUUACAGUAAUUUUACAGUGCAUUUAUGCCAGUUUUGUUAUUUUACAUUUUUUUGAAUGGAUCAGAAAAUCGUCCAUGCUGCUCAGAGUUUCACAUCUUGAGCAAUUUUUGAUGGUAAAAGAUGUCUGUGUUUUUCCUCCUCACUUAUGAAGGUGUCUAGUAAUAACUAUAAAUAUAUUUCUAUAGUUCUCUGUGUUGAGCACAUUGAAAAUUCUUUAGUAGUAUUUUUAUAAAAGUAAAAAAGAUAUGCAGUCUACGUAUAUAUUUUUUUUUAUCAAUAUAUUAUACUCUUAGAAAAGAUGUUAUGCAUCAGUAAUAUUACUCAUUAUUUAUUAGCAGUAAGUCACAUGGGCAGUACUUAUACCAGAAAACUGUUUGAUCACUUAUAGCUCUUUUUAGGACAUAUUAGUACAUGUGCCCAGAUGGUCAUUGUUUUUGCAUCAGUGUGUUACAUCAUGUCUUCUACCAAGAGGAGAUUUGUGUUUGGAAGUAUAUUUUCAUUAAAAGUUUCCAGUAGGGAAGUGUUAAAUGUGUUGUUACCAAAGCCUUUGUCUUUCUUUGGUAUUACUUGAAAAUAUAUAAUGCUAAUUGCAUAAAGUUUGCUGAAUUUUAUCAUUGUUUUAAUAAGGUGCACAGUGUGUAUAUAUACAAUAUAUGAUUUCAUGGUUGUGUAGAUAGUCUUUUACAUUAUUUCAGUUCAGGGAUUUCCUUUUGUAAGGUCUUCAUAACAUUUUAGAAUGAAUGUCUAUGUAAACUAUUAUAAACACUACUGCCCUAUUCUAAUGGGAUACAUGUAUAUAUAUCAUGAUUAAUUUUUUUAUUUGCUUUUUUCUUUGGACAUUACUGUAAAAAACAUGAUUUGAAAAUCUUUCAUUGUAACAAGUAUAUUUGUUGGUAAUACGUGCUUCUAUUUGGUGAGAUUUGGAAACAUACUGACUUAAUUUAGAAAAAAAAAAGUAUGAAAUAAAGUCAUGGAAUAAUG